AUGAAGAUGGCGCCGUCCAGGCCCGCCGCCUUCGCGAAGCCCUUCGUGCUCCGCACGUUCGCCAACCCGACGGCCACGUCGCUGGCCAUCGAGAAGUUCGGCGUGACGAACGCCAACACCAUCCGCAACCUGAGCUACGACGAGAUCGCCGCCCACAAGGCGAAGAACGGCGAGGGUCACUCGCCCAAGAACAAGUACAUCAUGGACCAGGCCCCGUCCAGCCAGAACAUUUGGUGGGGCGACAUCAACCAUCCCGAGAGAGCCGAGGUGUUCGACGAGCUGUACGAGACGGUCACCAAGCACUACAGCUCGGCCGAGAAGGUGUACGUCUUCGACGGCUACGCUUUUCGAAUCGAGAACGACGUGGUCAUCGGCGGCACCUGGUAUCGCGGUGAGAAGAAGAAGGGCAUCUUCUUGCCGUUGGACGGCAUCAUGGCCAUGCACUGCGCGGCCAACAAGGGCAAGAACGGUGACACCGCCCUCUUCUUCGGCCUGUCGGGCACGGGCCGCAGCCACGGCUGGGACGACGAGGGCAUCUUCAACUUCGAGGGCGGCUGCUACGCCAAGACCAUCAACCUGAGCCAGGAGAACGAGCCGGACAUCUACAACACCAUCAAGCGCGAUGCUUUGCUCGAGAACGCGUUCGUGGACGCCGAGGCCAAGGAGCCCGACUUCUACAACACGUCCAGGACGGAGAACGGCCGUGUGUCGUACCCGAUCUACCAUGUCCUGAACCACGAGCCCACAUCGAGCGGCGGCCACCCGUCCAACAUCGCGUGCACGCCUACGGCGUUGGUUGCCGGCACGGAGCGUGGCGUGACGGAGCCCGCGGCCACUUUCAGCGCCUGCUUCGGCGCCGCCUUCCUACCGCUGCACCCCACCAAGUACGCGAAGAAGCUGCAGAAGCACAACACGUCCUGGCGGCUACGCAUGAGCAUCAAGGACACGCGCGCCUGCAUCGACGCCAUCCUGGACGGCUCCACCAAGGAGUCGCAGUUCUCGGACAGGACCAGGGCGGCCAAGGCCAAGGACGAGUCAUCCGCGCUGAUGGAGGCUACGAAGGCGGCCAAGGAGGUGGUGCGCUCUCGUAGCAGCACACCGGAGAGUGGCCGUCAGGCCGGGGCUCGGAGCAAGUCUCCUGACGCCGCGCAAGGCAAGGAGGAGAGUCCUCGGGGCCAUAAAAGCCCGGCUCGCGACUGGGAAGCCGCCGUCUUUGACUGCACGAUGGUCCAGUACUCCGGUGAGAGUUCACCCCACGACGAGAACGUCUCGGAGGGCAGCACGCACGCUGCCGAAGGCACGGAGCUGGCGGCAGGCGACAUGACCAACGCCUCGGCCGACGCAAAGGCCUCGUCAGAGAAGGAGGCGGAGGACGCCGAGUCCGGCUCAGGCGACAGCAAGCAGUCGCACGACGAAGUCGCCAUGGCCGACGCUGGGGUCGUGGCCGAGAAGUCGCCGAGCGGCGCGGGCUCCAAGCCCAAGGAGGUGCUGGUAUCCAAGCAUCUGACGCUGGCGCAAGGUCGUGAGCGUGCCCAAGCGUCGAAAGCGGCUGCCGCUGCGAAGGCCGCCGAGGCCAAGGCGAAGAAGUGUUCAGCUUCCAGGUCGCCUCGCGGCUCCAGCUCCAAGCUGUUCAUCGACUCGGAGUCUGAGGAUGAGGAGGGUGCCGUCCACGAGCCCAAGGAGCUCUCCAACAACCUCGACGAGCAGCAGCAGCAAUACCACGCUGCUAGCUCGGGUGCGUAUGCCAGGCAGCCGACUGUCACGACUACCAUCGAGUCUUCUUCAGGCGGGGAUGCCACGUACCCGCAGGGCUACUUCCCGCCCGAGCCUGGCACUGGUGCGCCAGCGCUGUUGGAGAAGCUCUCGGCUCCUCGUGGCCUUAUCGGCGGGUACACCUCGAGGGGUUCCUAUGAGCGUGCUCUUGUUGAGAAAGAGCCACUCUUUCUUGGCGACGUUGAAGUCGCCCGGUGUGUGUUACUAGCACCACACAAGCUCACACUGAAGGAGUUCACCACGCUUCGCAAGAAGCCGGAGGACAAGGGUGGACUCCAUCCUGUGUGGGGUUUCCACUGGGUCAAGCCGAAUGACAACAUGACCUGGAGCGAGGUGGAAGACCUCUUCUGGCGCUACGUCCAGCGCAAAGGGUAUUCCGACCAAGAGUUCAAAGAACUCCGUGAGGAUCGCACUCUGUCCGCAAUCCUGGACGUGCGCGAGCUCCGCAUCGAGUUCGCUCAACUCGUGAGCAAGCGCAAGCUCCACUCGAAGAUGGACGAGCUGAAGCAAGAGGCGAGAGCCAAAGCUCGCGAAGAGCGUGGGCGUGGUGCGACUACGUCUGCUACCGUGCCCCGGGUACCGGCCAAGAAGCCAAGGACUACUUACAAAGCUGCCGCUGCUUCUCGUCCCAUAUCGCAACAGCCUCCGGGCAGUCUGCCUGGAGCUGCUCAACGGGCUCCCACGAGUUAUCCGACUCAGGGUAACCCCUUCACUUCACGAGCAGCUGGCGCCUGCCAUGGAGCCGCCGCUCCCGGACGACUCGUUCCACGUGGUAGUGGAUCUGCCCAUUACGAUCAAGGAGGGCCGGCGGUGGCCUCGCACGGCCAUGGCUACGAGCCUGAGGCGACGCAGCCGUAUGCUGGGGCCCCGAGUCAGGUGGUGGCCCUGCAGCAAGAGGAGAUUCGUCUUCUCCGGGACCGUGUGUACGUCCUCGAGAUCGCGCUUGGCGUCGGCCUUGAUGGCGAGGCUGCCGCUCGUGCUGGUCAGCCUGGUGCCGUGGAGCGGCUCCGUGAGGAUGUUGCCUCGCUCUAUCAAGAAACUCGCAGUCUCCAUGGCCGUGUGGAUCGUCGAGCCGACCUGUCGUCUUACGUCUCGCUGCGAAACCAGCUCGCUGGCCUUCGGGCCGAGCUUCAUGGCCACGCGCCGUAUCCGGAGCAGCAGCAGCCCCACUCGUAUCAGGCCCAGUUUGGCCAGGGCUCGUACGGGGCCCCUGCGUAUGCUGCUCCGAUGUACGCCGCACCGUCUUACGACCAGCGCGCGUAUCAGGCGCCUUACCGCGACCCGACGCCGCGCUUCGAGGAGCUGCGCUCUUCUCCACCGGGCCACCCACCGCUUCCUGCGGGGCAGCCAGAGCCAGAGGGUCAUGGUACCUCUUAA